AUGCACUUUGCAAAAUUAACGAUCAUGUUAGCCUUCGCUUGCGGGGUUUUAAGCGCACAAGAAAACCAAUUUCUACGAUUUGAUUGUGGUCCCGAAAAAUCCAAAGGGGCAUGCAGGGUUCAAGAAGACCCCUCCAAGUCAUCAUUAACACUGAUUUCAAAGCCUGCAAGAGCAGUUGACACAAAACGUCGCAUAUAUGAGUGCCUUAAGGACGAAUACACAACUAUUUAUUGCUGUCCCCCAAAUGUUGUCAUAAAUAAAAGCACUAUAUUGCCUGACAUUGGUUGCGAUGUUGCCGCCCAUUGA